AUGGCUGUUCCAGGCACUCAGAUCUCCAAGCGCAGAAAGUUCGUCGCCGAUGGCGUCUUCUACGCUGAGCUCAACGAGUUCUUCCAGCGCGAGCUGGCCGAGGAGGGCUAUUCCGGCGUCGAGGUCCGCGUCACCCCCACGGUAACCGACAUCAUCAUCCGCGCCACCCACACCCAGGAGGUUCUCGGCGAGCAGGGCCGCCGCAUCCGCGAGCUCACCUCGCUCAUCCAGAAGCGCUUCAAGUUCCCCGAGAACUCCGUCUCCCUCUACGCCGCCAAGGUCCAGAACCGCGGUCUCUCCGCCGUCGCCCAGUGCGAGUCCCUCCGCUACAAGCUCCUCAACGGUCUCGCCGUCCGUCGCGCCUGCUACGGUGUCCUCCGCUUCAUCAUGGAGUCCGGCGCCAAGGGUUGCGAGGUCGUCGUCUCCGGCAAGCUCCGUGCUGCUCGCGCCAAGUCCAUGAAGUUCACCGACGGCUUCAUGAUCCACUCUGGUCAGCCCGCCAAGGACUUCAUCGACCACGCCACCCGCCACGUCCUCCUCCGCCAGGGUGUUCUCGGCAUCAAGGUCAAGAUCAUGCGCGGCUCCGACCCCGAGGGCAAGGCCGGCCCCCAGAAGACUCUCCCCGACGCCGUCUCCAUCCUCGAGCCCAAGGAGGAGCAGUCCGUCGUCCAGCCCAUGUCCCAGGACUACGGCGCUAAGGCCGCCCAGGCCCAGGCCGCCGCUGAGGCGCAACAAGCGGAGCAGCAGCCCGAGGCUGGCGAGGAGGCCGAGGCUCAGUCGUAG